UUACAUAAUAUAUAUAAAUCAACCAUAAUUGAAAGAAGAAAUAAAGGGAGAAGAAAAGAGAAAGAGAAAAGGAGGGCCUCACGCUCUCUUCUUCAUAUCAUGCCUCUUCUCAGAUCUUAGAUUCUCUCAAACUUCCCAUCUGGGUCGUCUUCAUUUGUUGGAUUCCUGGGUUGUUGCUCGAUCGGCGAUUGAUCGGUGGAUGCUCCGAGGUUCCUGGAUUCAAUCCAAGAAUACCCAUUUCUUAUCUAACAAUCAGUGCAUCCAAGUUUUCGAUGGAUUCUGUGAUGAGCUUGCUGAAACUAGUUUGGUUGGUGUCGAAGAAAAAUGUUUUUAUUAAUUGAAGAAUGGAAAUGGAGCCUGGCAAGCUUUUCAUCGGUGGAAUAUCUUGGGACACAAAUGAAGACCGACUUAAAGAGUAUUUCCAGUCUUUUGGAGCAGUAGUGGAAGCUGUGAUAAUGAAGGAUCGGGCCACUGGUCGUGCCCGUGGUUUCGGUUUUGUUGUUUUUGCAGACCCUGCUGUUGCAGAAAGAGUUGUUAUGGAGAAGCAUGUGAUAGAUGGUAGAACUGUUGAAGCAAAAAAAGCAGUUCCUAGAGAUGAUCAGAAUAUUCUGAGCAGAAACAAUGGCAGCAUGCAUGGGUCUCCUGGUCCUGCCCGCACAAAGAAGAUAUUUGUAGGAGGUUUAGCAUCCACAGUCACAGAAAACGAUUUUAAGAAGUACUUCGAUCAAUUUGGGAUAAUAACAGAUGUGGUGGUGAUGUAUGACCAUAAUACGCAAAGGCCAAGAGGAUUUGGGUUCAUUACAUAUGAUUCAGAGGAAGCAGUGGAGAAAGUGUUGUACAAAACCUUUCAUGAACUCAAUGGCAAACUGGUUGAAGUUAAACGAGCUGUCCCUAAAGAACAAUCUCCAGGGCCAAGUCGGGGCCAAAUGGGUGGAUAUAACUAUGGUCAGAGUAGAGUUAGCAGCUUCCUUAAUGGUUACACUCAGGGAUACAAUCAAAGUUCAGUUGGGGGCUAUGCACAUAGAGUGGAUAAUAGAUUUAGUCCAGUUACAGUUGGUCGCAGUGGAUUUCAUCCCUUCAGUCCUGGAUAUGGGACUGGAUUGAAUAAUGAGCCCAGGUUGAGUCCAAGCUAUGGAGGAAAUGCAAACCUUAGUUCUCACCUCAGCUUUGGACGCGGAUUGAACCCUUCAUAUACUGGGAAUUCAAAUAGGAAUGUUAACCCCAUUGGAUAUGGUGUGGGCAAUGGUGGAAAUAGUUCAAUCUUAAAUUCAGCAAGCCGUAACCUGUUGGGGAAUGUGAAUCUUAAUUAUGCUGCUAACUCUGCAAACCCUAGUACUUUAAUGGGAUUGGGAAGUGGAAAUUCAGGAAUUGGUUCUUUUGGCAAUUUUGGAACACUUUGGAGCUCCUCUCCUAACUCAGGUCAAGGUGGAGGUGCUGGAACUACCCACAGUAGUGGCAAUCUUAGUUAUGGCAGUGGAGAAGUCGGUUUUGGUUCAGGAGGGGUAGGGUAUGGAAGAAAUAGUGGAACUGGUGUUGCACUGGCAUCAUCAUAUGCUGCAUCAAAUGGCAGUUACAGAGGGUCUUUUGAAGAAAUUUAUGAAGGUGGUUCAUUUUAUGGGGACCCAACUUGGCGAUCAUCACCUCUAGAGCUAGAGGGGUCUGGCUCAUUUGGUCUUGGCCUUGGACCUGGAGCUUCAGAUGUUUUGAGUAGAAGCUCUGAUGAUUAUGUUGGUCUUUAUGGUGUUACCAACAGACAAUCAAACAGAGGAAUUGCUGUGUAGGAAGAUUAUGAUAUGGAUGUCCAAAAAUUAUUGUAGGUGAAGUAUAAUUGAUGAAGAAGGUGAAGUACUGUUAAUCCUCAUACAUUUUCGUCGUUCAGAUGCUUCAGUAUACAAAAAUAUGAUUAGAGCUAAUUGGUUUACCUGUUUGAAAGAACUCAUCAAGAGGUCAGUUACAAGGAAUUUCUUAUAAGGUCUGAGCUUGAGUUAAUAUAGGUUUCUUCCUUGGAAUUGGAUUGAGAUGUAUAAUCAGAUUGCUGGGUAUACCAACAUCAAAAAAUAAAAGGAUUGCUGAGUACAUCCAGAUUUAUUGGACCGCGCAUCUCUGGCUUCACAGUGGAUACAGAAACAAGCAAGAGUUCUUCCUUUUUUUCUCCCUCCCUUUUUCUGCUGCAAUAUCAGGUGAAGUUUACGGCAGUUCUUGUCACUCAGGUUGUUUUUCUUGUAAACUCCUUCUGGGGGAUUUGUUUUUUGGCUGAUUGUACGUAAUCUCUGGAUGAUUUACUAGUUUGAUACUCUGAAGGGAUUGUCUUUUGGGUUACCUGAAAAUAAUUUACAUCAUAGUGAUUAAUCCCC